GAACGUGGGCUGACGUUAAAGCGAGUGCGUCUACAAGGGAAUAGUGUCGGUAGUCCGGUUUUUCGCUUGUCGUGUUUCUCGCCUCUGUAUCGUACCGCGCUUACUCAUGUCAUCUACAUCCAGCUUUGAUCACAGCAAGCUGAUCAAGUUGGUACAGAGUCGAUCUAUUAUAUGGGAUAAAAAUCACGAGUUCUACAAAGAUAGAACUCUGACAAAGAAUGCUUGGACGGAGGUAUUCAACGCAUUGAGAGGCGAUUACGAACAAUUGGAACAGAGAGAAAAAAACGAAGUUGGCCAAGCCAUAGUGAAAAGAUGGACAAAUAUUCGCGAUUGCUUCAUAAGGUCUCAAAGAAGAAUAAGAGAAUCCGCAGAUUACGUAAAAAAAACAAAGCAACCUCCCAAAGAUUACGUUUAUGGUAAACUACUACAGUUCCUGACAAAGAACAAGAAUGCUCCACAGACGGAUGACUGCUUGUCGAACGACGGCCACAGCCUCCUUAUUUCCGAGAAUUCUGAAAAUGUAGGCGAUGAAAUUGAACCCACCACCGUUUUCGACCACAAUUUGGAUCAGGAAUACGAGGUGGAAAGAGAUGAAACAAAGAAUCAUAAUCGUCAUGAAUCAUUUUUGCUAGGGAUCCUUCCCCAUCUUGAAGGUUUCGACGAAGACGAGAUAUUGGAGUUUCAACUGAGGGUUCUGCAAUUCGUAUCCGACAGGAAGCGCAGGAAUAUGAAAGGGAAUUCCGGAAUGCAAGUAUUUCCCAGUUCUCAUCAUCGAUUUGGUCGUCGCAAUGAUUCCGCAACUGUAAGACAUCAAUCUCAAACUUCAAGUGACGAUUAUACGAAGGUUAGACUCUUUGGGGGCAUUCACAAUAAUUCUUCGAAGAGGUGUCCAUCUGCUGUUCCGGGUUCUUCUAAUGCAGAAACGGACGUAACCCCUAGUGCAACAACCUCCGGUAAAGACCAGAAGAAGAGACCACGAUCACCUCAACUGCACGAGACAAGACAUCCGAAGAGGACGAAAUAUCCUACGUGCCAAAUUCUGAAACCUGCAACCGUAGCUUCGUUUAAUACCACCAGCAACCUCGAACGCCCUCUACAGCAAGAUGAAUUCGAUACAUUUGGCCAACACGUUGCGAACCAACUGCGCAAUUUACCCAUAAAAAAUGCAAUUGUGUGUCAGAAUUUCAUCAAUAAUUAUUUAGCUGAUGAAAGACUGAAAGCAAUCAAUGAGGGGUACUAUCCUAAUGCAGAUACAACGAACGCUAUUUUCGAAGAAGAUAAUCCACACUACAGACAAUCUGCAAUGACAGAUUCCAAUUCUUCCUUGGAUCCUGAAGAUUUCUUGGAUGAGAACUCUUCGGAUCAGAACCUUGAAAACAUAGUCAAAAUUGAGAAUAAGAUCGAUCCCUAACUGUAAACUAGUGCUUUAAGAAUAAGUUCUGUAAAUAUUUCUGAAAAAAGAGUAGAUAUAAAAUAAAGUUUAUAAUUUCUUGUUUUUUAA